AUGAAACAAACGCUAUUACUUUCGCUGUUCCUGGUGGUAGCAGUCUCAACAGCAAUUGCGUCACCAAGGCGCAUCCGUAUGGCCAAACCAGACAAUUCUAACCCAUCUGUCCAAAAUGAGACCGUGGUGCAGGAUCAGGACACUGCACCGCCAUCAACAGGAUUAUCCGAUCAACCAGUAGAUACACAACCCGAGGAAAGCGAUCCUGAACCACUGAAAGAAGUGGAAGAACAAAAGACUGAAGCUGAUCCUGUCGUAAGCAAUCCGGAAGAGCACGUGAUAGCCGAAACUGUUGUAACUGAUGCGGAGGAAGAAGCAUCUGCAAUUCCAUCAGCUGACUGUACUGCAACGGUACCGGAACAGACAGAUAUGGAGCUCGCGGAGGACACUCACUCACAUGAAACCGAAUCAACCGAUAAGAAGUCUUCAAAAUCAUUUUUGAGUCUGUUCCUAAACGGAUUGGGACACAUUAAGAGUGCAAUUCACGAUCUUCAAACACGCAUGGAAACGUUUUUCGUUUCGUCGGAAGCGCUGGAAGCUUUAGGUGAUAUAGCAAAGCACUAG